AGUCCCGCCACAGAUUCGUCUGGGAUCUUCAAACAGACGAGCCCUUAGAGACGAGGGAUCAAGGCAGCCGAUUAGAGCCAAUUGCUUGCUUUGGGGACGGCCAGUCCUUCCAGGCCUGGCGACAGUGGAGGGAGGGGAAAGACGAACCGAGCGCCGCUGCGGGAAGACACUGAAGCAAGAGCGACACCCCUUUCCGCCCCCCACCUUGCAGCGCAGGCUUUGAAAGCUGCUCCCCCACCUGAAUGGAAACUCAGAACCGCCGGGCGGCGCGUUCCUUCUCGCCCAGCCUUGAGAUCCAUGCCGAGAGGAAGGCAGAGCGAGCCCGCGCCAGCGCCCAGCUCCCGGGACAGGGUCGGCAAUGCUGCUGAGCAGAACUUGAUCGCGCCCCUUCCUCGCUGCUAGUGGAAGCGAUGCUGCAAGGCACAGCCAGCGCUUCCCCGGCUCUCCUUCAAGCUGAAGGUUACCGACCCGCGCAGCCAGCCCCAGCACUGUGAGCUGCGCGCCUCAGGUCCGGGCUCCGGGUGCUUGGCGGCGGCGCGCAGGGCAACGACCGGGCCGCCCGCGCCGGGGCGCACUGCACCAGCGGCUUCGGCUUGGUGGAUGUGUAUGCAUGAGUUCUGCACCGAAUGGGCGCAAAAAGCGCCCCAGCCGGUCCACCCGCUCCUCGAUCUUCCAGAUCAGCAAGCCCCCGCUGCAGAGCGGAGACUGGGAGCGCAGGGGCAGCGGCUCCGAGAGCGCCCACAAAACCCAACGAGCCCUGGACGACUGCAAGAUGCUUGUCCAAGAGUUCAACACACAAGUGGCCCUGUACCGAGAGUUCGUCAUUUCUAUUGGGGAUGUCUCGGUCAGCUGCCCCUCACUCCGGGCGGAAAUGCACAAGACGAGAACCAAAGGCUGUGAAAUGGCCCGUCAGGCACACCAGAAACUGGCUGCCAUCUCAGGCCCAGAAGAUGGUGAGAUUCAUCCAGAAAUCUGUCGGCUUUACAUCCAGCUGCAGUGCUGCUUAGAAAUGUAUACCACAGAGAUGCUAAAAUCCAUAUGUCUGCUGGGGUCUCUUCAGUUUCAUCGAAAAGGAAAGGAACCUGGUGGGGGAACCAAGAGUUUGGAUUGCAAAAUUGAGGAGAGUGCUGAAACACCUGCCCUAGAAGACUCCUCAUCAUCCCCCGUAGAUAGUCAGCAACAUUCCUGGCAGGUUUCCACAGACAUUGAGAACACUGAAAGAGACAUGCGAGAAAUGAAAAACCUUUUAAGCAAACUCAGGGAAACUAUGCCUUUACCACUGAAAAAUCAAGAUGACAGCAGCCUUCUGAAUCUAACUCCGUACCCCCUGGUGAGAAGACGGAAGAGAAGGUUCUUUGGGCUGUGUUGUCUCGUCUCAAGCUAGGUGGCUCCUCCUGGAAACCCACUGAGAACAUCUGAAAAAAAUCACAAAACCCAAGGACCUCCAGACAGCUGAACCACACAGUUACUGGUUUUUGACUAUGUUUUCUAUGCUUCCUUAUUACUUUUAUCCGCCUCCCCCUGCCCUUUUAAAUGAUUUUACACUUGAAAGCAGCUGCCGUCAAGGAAAAAAAAGAACAGAUUCAAAAAGCAGGCUGUUUUUAAAAGGAAAUUUUAAAGCUGACAUUGUGCAUGUCUGCUCCAAACCAUGCCAUGACAGAUGCAAGAUUUAUGAUUUUUAAAUUAUUUAAAGUUUUUUUAAAUGUAUUAUACAGAGGAAAAAUAUUUCACAUAUAAUAGUAUAUCUAUAGCUCUUGCUGAUCUCGUGUUAAAAUUUAUCACAUAUAAAAGAAGUCUUUAAACAUAGAAAUCUAUUUAAAACUGAAAAACUGUGUUCAGAAAACCAAUCUAUCAAUAUCAUUAGAAAUAAUAUUAUAAGCAAACAUAUACCACCUCACCUAUUGCUUUCUCUGCACUCAUUUACAUUUAGUCUUCCAUUCUGUCAGAAUCUAAGAGCUUCAACAUGAAAGUAUCUUAAUUUAUAAUGCAACAAAAACCACAUACAAAAAGUACUUAAAUUUUGUAAAUACACAAUAAUCCUAAUAUCUUCGUACAAAUGCAUAUGGGCAACUAAUUUCUUUUUGAUCCAAUGGUGUCUUUUUCAGCUUCUUGGAGAAUGAAGUAAUCCAGUUAGGAAAUGGUGUAGUAACAUAUACAAUUACCCUCAAAUGUAAAAUCAAAUAUUAUUACAUUUUGUUCUAAUUGAAAUCUGAAGCAUGGUGUCUGCACAUCAGCAUAGUGUUAAAUCUUAUAGGGCAUGCUGGAAUUAGCUCAGAUCGUAACAGUAUUUAACAUUUUACAUUGUUAAUAAAGUUUUUUAGUUAAGCUAAGCUUGUCUCAUUUUAGAUGACUAUGCAGAUAAGACUUUUCCAAUGUGUACUUGGUGUCUUGUCUUACACUUAGAUUCUUGAAAGCAGGACACAUUAAGCAAUACUACAUUUUAGAAAGGAGGAAGCCACAUGCUUUGUUUUUCUGCUCACAGCUUUGUUGUGAUCUUUCUUCACUAAACUUGUAACAUGGUACAAAUUUUGUUAUACUUUCCCCUGUUCUUCCUUUGGCCCAUUUCUCAGACAAAAUUUCCCUUGGGUUAAGAGAUCAAGUCUUUGCACUUCUUUUCUUGUUUUCCAUGGUCUGAAAAAGCUUCAAGUCAGACAGGAGGCACCAGGGUCUAGUACAAUAGAAGGAUGAGCUAGAUGCCUAUAAGUGGUUUAUCUAAGACACAUCUUUAAUCCCAACCCUAUAUUUUUCUCAGUACUUAUAUGCACAGGCAUUUAUAUGUAUACCAAUAUUUUGACCUAAAAACUAAAUAUAUUAAGGCCUUUAGCUUUAGUGAAGAUGAAGAAAGGUAUGGGUGAACACUACUGUAGUAAUUAUUGUAUUAGGUUGAAUUAUAUGAAAUUUCCUAUAUUUGACUGUUUUGACCUACCAAAUGGCAAUUUCAUAUAGCUCAUCCUGAUAUCUGAUGUGAAAAUUAUACUUUGAAUUUUCUUCUAGCUCUUAAAUAUUGAAAGCGAAGGAAUUAAAGGGUUGGAAGAGAAUGUUACACAGGUCUCUAUUUAGAUCAUACCGGCUGGUUUUUGGCCUUAUUCUUUGAAUCUAGAGUUGUGUUCUAAUGCACCAGUAACUAAUGCAUGGUUAUAGGCAUACCUGGCUUCAAAAAAUGAAGUAGCCAUGGAAAGCUAUAUGAGAAAAAUCCCAAUUUUAUGAAUCAAGUAUUUGUAAAAACUAUUUGGCUAUUUAAAGACUCAGGGUGAAUACUCCAUGGCAAAACAAGCAACCCAGAACUACCUGGUCUGAAAACCUUGAUUUAAGCUUAAUAUCCUUUUCUGAGUCUAAUUCAUUUUCAUCCCCUAAGGUUAUUUCAUUUCAGAUCCCUUGUUUUUGAAAGUUUGAUGCAGCCCAGUUUGGCAGCUCUCAGCACCUGCCUCGGCCCUCUCCCAUACUUCUGUGAACUCUAGCUUCAAUCUAGUUCCUACUAAUCCAUGCAGAGUUAUUAACUGAUAAGCCCAAUCUUGCUGUUCAGCACAUUUCUCUAAAUGCCUGACCUAAAUAACUUCCGCUUGGUUAACUUGUGUUCAUUCUCACCUUAGUCUCGGUGUGAAAGUAACACUUACCUUCUGUGCAAUUGUCCUUUGUACAACUGAAGACUGUUAAUAAAUUCAGGUUUCACCUCCAUAUCUGAAAAGGCUGUAGUAGCUAUUCAUGGAGAUAGGAAUUUGUCUAAUUACCUAGCCAGACUUUGCAUAUUUAAGGUAAUAUAUUCAGCUACCGUAUCUUUUAUUCAUAGUGCCUGUUUUCCAGCCUUUGAUCAGUUUUGUAGUUGCUGCAGAUAAACUCCAAGAUUUAUAGAUCCUCUUUCAGUAGCAUAUCCUAAAAUUAAGUUUAGUGUUCAAAAUCCUGAUAACCUAUGCUGGCCCAUGGUUACAUAGUAGGUAAUUUACCGUCACCCCUUAGAUAAGCCAAUGCAUCCCUUAGGAACUGCCCCACUCUCCUCUCACCUACCAAAGGAUUUUCUCAGGUGUGGUUCCAAGCGAUACAGUUCUACUGUCUCUGCUUCCUGCUGGUAAUUCACUUUCAGAUUAGCAAUAACACUGAGCUGAUCUCUAGGGGUAGGAAGAGAACACUGAACUCAUUUUGUCACAUGUGCCACAUGCUUGAAACAGAAAACGAUGUAAACUUCUGUGGCAUAUAUUCACCCAUUUUCCCACUAUAUCUUUAAUAUCCUGUGUUGAUUUUUUUUUUCAGAUUACAAAGACAAUACAUGUUCUUUGUGGGAAAUCUGAAAAAUACUGCCAAAUAGAAAGAAAGUAAAAAUCACCUGAAUUCCACCAUAACCACAUUGUUUAAAACCACAUUUCUGGGCUUUAAAUCACUCAGGGGCGGGGCCCAAAGGCACUUUUGUGUAAGAUAAGUAAAGAAAUGCCCACAAGGCCAAGAUGUCACUUAAAAAAAAAA